AAAAAAAAAAUAAAAAAAAAAAAGGGAGGUUUAGACUCACCAUAUCACCCUACUUCAAAACCUUCUUCCUCCUUUUUGAACAAAAUAAUAAAAAACACCAAUAAACACAACAUACUCACUUUAAUUUUCAUUGUUUUCCUAUGCUCCUUUUCCUACCUCCUAGCAAUAUGGCAGGGCCGUGGCACCGCUAUAACUUGUAUCACCACUUUCAACAACCUAACCGGGUCGGGCUCAUUAGACUUCGUGGCCCACCACACGGCGGACCACGAACUAUCCACUUCUAGCCCGACCCAAUCACGGGUGUAUCCGCCGUGCAACAUCACGUACAGCGAAUACACCCCGUGUGAGGAUAAAAGAAGGUCAAGAAAAUUCACAAAAACCAGACUGAUAUAUAGAGAAAGACACUGUCCCAAUAAAUGGGAGGUCCUAAAAUGUCGGGUACCCGCCCCAAAAGGGUAUAAAAGCCCGUUUAAGUGGCCCGUUAGUAGGGAUUACGUAUGGUACAAUAACGUACCACAUAAACAUUUAACGGUCGAGAAAGCGGUUCAAAAUUGGAUCCGGUUCGAAGGUGACCGGUUUAGAUUCCCUGGAGGAGGGACUACGUUUCCUAAUGGUGCAGACGCAUAUAUUGAUGAUAUUGCUAAAUUGAUUAAUCUUGAUGAUGGGUCUAUUAGGACUGCUAUUGAUACUGGUUGUGGGGUAGCAAGUUGGGGAGCGUACUUGUUGUCAAGGAACAUAUUGGCAAUGUCCUUUGCACCAAAGGACACUCAUGAAGCUCAAGUACAAUUUGCCCUAGAACGCGGUGUUUCUGCUUUGCUUGGUGUUAUUGCUUCUAAGAGACUCCCUUAUCCUUCUAGGGCUUUUGACAUGGCUCAUUGCUCUCGUUGCCUUAUUCCUUGGGAUCAAUAUGAUGGAGUAUAUUUGAUAGAAGUUGAUAGGGUACUUCGACCAGGAGGAUACUGGAUCCUAUCGGGCCCACCUAUUCGAUGGAAGAAGUAUUGGAAGGGGUGGGAGAGGACCAAGGAAGACUUGAAUGCAGAACAAACUAGGAUUGAAAGUUUAGCCAAAAGUCUAUGUUGGAACAAAGUGAUAGAGAAGGGUGAUAUUGCUAUUUGGCAGAAGCCAAUUAAUCACAUAGAUUGCAAACAUAAUAAGAAAGUUAAUUCUAUGCCACAUUUUUGCCCUGCUUCGGAUCCUGAUCAGGCUUGCAUUGUGCUAGAGACAUGUCAAAUCCCUUUACCAGAAGUUUCAAGGGAUGAAGAAGUUGCAGGAGGAAAACUAGAAAAAUGGCCUAAAAGAUUAACAGCAGUACCACCAAGAAUUAGCAGCGGUACUAUAAAGGGAAUUACUCCGAAAAUGUUCCAAGAAGACUUGGAAUUAUGGAAUAGGAGAGUGUCUUACUAUAAAACAGUGAACAACCAGCUAGGGGAACACGGAAGGUACCGAAACCUUCUUGACAUGAACGCGAAUUUGGGUGGAUUUGCCGCGGCUUUGGUGCAUGAUCCUGUUUGGGUGAUGAAUGUUGUGCCUGUUGAAGCAAAGGUUAAUACUCUUGGAGUCAUCUAUGAAAGGGGGUUAAUUGGUACUUACCAAAGUUGGUGUGAAGCAAUGUCUACUUAUCCAAGGACUUAUGAUCUUCUCCAUGCAAAUUCUGUUUUUACACUCUAUAAUGAUAGAUGUGAGAUGGAGGAUACAUUGUUAGAGAUGGACAGGAUAUUGAGGCCAGAAGGAAGUGUAAUUUUUCGAGAUGAUGUCGAUAAUUUGGUGAAGAUACAGAAGAUAACAAAUGCAUUACAAUGGGAUAGUCAAAUAGUAGACCAUGAAGAUGGUCCUCUUGAAAGGGAGAAAAUUUUGUUUGCGGUUAAAACUUAUUGGACUGCUCCUUCUAACACUAAUGAGCAGGAUUCCAAUUCUGCUUCUUAGGUUUUUAAAUUAUUUUUUUUUUUUUUUUUUUACUCCAAGUUAAAACUCAUUCUGUAUUAAAAAUGGGUAAAUCCACACAAGUGAAAUGAAAAAAAAAGAGAGAAAUUUAACUCUA